AUGGAGUCUUCAGCACCUGCAUCGCUGUAUCCGGCGAUGGCGUUACUCCACUACAUGCACGCUCCCACGGUUGGGUUCUUCUUCCUGGGAGCAACAGCGUUCAGCUUGUGCAUACUGCAGAAACCGAUACCUGUUUCGCAUAAACGAAGAAGAGGCGUCUUCGCCAUCACGACUUUCAUUUUCAUCUCGUACGUUACUGAAGUGCUUUACUACUUCAGCCGGUCACUCGCAGAUGCACAAUAUACACCCCCAGAACCGGCAGCGAUCAGGUGUCUGGGAUCAAUACUUGUCUGGGGUCCUCUGUCAUACUCUAUAUGGACCUCGAAAUCUCUUAGAUGGCAUCCUUACUUCGGCGCGUUCGUCCUCCAGUUUGCAUUCGAAACAACAGUAUGCUUGAUGAGCGCCACCUCAAUUCCCCAGAAAGACUGGCCCAAUAACGCGUCAUUCGUACUCGAUUGCAUCAGAACUAUUGUAUCUUUAAUCAUCCUGGUGGACAGCUUUGCGAUCACGGUUACCAAGCAUGCGGAGAAGAGCACGGAUGAGGAGAGCCAAUCGCUACUACCAAAACCUGGCAAUGGCGCCGCGAAUCAGAAUGGAAACGCAGAUUAUGGUAGCAUUGAGCAGACAGCUUCCGACGAUGAAGAGGAAUCGCCAAAAGACAAAGACAAAGAACUUAAAGAGCAACAGGCAAAGCGCCUGGAGGAAGAGGGAGGCUGGUAUGGUUAUCUCAAGUCGUUUGCAGUGUUCUUACCAUACCUGUUUCCCCGCGAUGACUGGAUGGUCAUGGGUGCUCUCGGAGUCCGCUUAGUCCACAUGCUCGCCGAGCGCGCCCUCAAUCUGCUUACCCCUCGGCAACUUGGUAUCAUCACCAACAAGCUCAGCAAGAACACAGGCGUAAUGCCCUGGAAAGACGUUGGCCUUUGGGUCCUGUUUCAGUGGAUCGGCAGUUAUGCAGGUCUCGGCUUCAUCGAUGGCAUCGCUAGCAUGGUCAUCUCAAAUUCAGCGUAUCGAAGGAUCACACUCCUGGCAUACGAGCAUGUGCUCAGCCUCUCCAUGGACUUCCAUACAUCGAAGGACUCUGGCGAGGUUCUCAAAGCCGUCGAACAAGCAUCAUCUCUCAACUCGCUCGUGGAGAUGGUGCUCUUUGACAUCUCACCCAUUCUAUUGGACUUGGUCGUGGCUAUGUGGUAUGUCACACACCUGUUUGAUGCCUAUAUGGCAUUCAUCAUCCUUUUCAUGGGCUUUGCAUACACUUGCAUUGGCUGGUACUUCACAACGAUCUCGCAACCAAAGCGCAGAGACUACGUUGAGAAGCAGCGCACCGAAAGUUCGACGGUCAACGAAACUGUGCACAACUGGCAGACAGUCGCGUACUUUAACCGCCUGACCUACGAGCACCAACGGUAUGCAUCAAACAUUAUGAACACAAUCAGUGCGCAAUACGCGUACUAUUUCCGAUCAAUGGGUGGCCAUGCAGCGCAGGAUAUGCUUACUACAUUCGGCUUCGCCGCUUGCUGCGUCUUCGGCAUGACGCAGAUUGUUACUGGACGCAAGCAAGUUGGUGAUCUCGUCACGCUGAUCAUGUAUUGGCAUACUAUGACAAGCCCAUUGUAUGUAUUGUCGUACAGUUACAGGCACAUCUCCAGCUCUCUCAUUGAUGCAGAGCGAUUACUCCAGAUGCUGAAGUCGAAGCCCUCUGUAGCCGACAAAGAAGGGGCAAGAGACUUGGUCGUCGACACCGGCGUAGUCGAGUUUAAAGAUGUAGAGUUCGCAUACGAUGAGCGAAAGCCCAUCAUUCAAGGCGUAGACCUGAAAGCUGAGGGUGGUCAGACCAUCGCUUUCGUUGGAGAAACAGGUGGCGGUAAGUCCACCAUGCUCAAGCUACUCUUCCGCUUCUACGAUGUUACGGGUGGCUCGAUUCAGAUCGAUGGUCAGGAUCUACGCUCAGUCACCCAGUCCAGUCUCCGUGACGCACUCGGUCUUGUCCCACAAGAUCCAGUCUUGUUUAACCAGACAAUUCGCCAGAACGUCCUCUAUGCACGCCUCGAAGCGACGGAUGCCGAAAUCGAAGACGCAUGCCGCGCAGCCGCUAUUCAUGAUGACAUCGUCGGCUUUCCGGACGGAUAUAACUCCAAGGUUGGCGAACGCGGAGUGCGUCUCUCAGGCGGACAGCUCCAACGCAUUGCCAUCGCACGUGUUCUGCUCAAAAACCCUAAGAUCGUACUCCUCGACGAGGCUACGUCAGCCAUCGAUUCAGGCAUCGAAGCACUUAUCCAGAAAGCCUUUCGUAAGCUGAGCAAGGGACGCACCACAUUCGUGAUUGCACACAGACUUUCCACUAUCGUCGAGGCGGAUCAGAUUCUGGUCAUCGAGAAGGGAGCGAUUAUCGAACGAGGAAGUCACCAGGACUUGCUGGAGAAGGGCGGGAAGUACAAUGAACUUUGGACUAAGCAGACUGCGGGGCAUUUGUCCAAUAUGGGCAGUAAGGUGCCGAGCAAGGCGAACUCUACAAAUGGUGAGGUUGACGCAAGUACGCCCUUGAUUAAUAUCACGCCUGCUGCGGAGGAUGAGGCGACUGCAACGGGGAGGAGUGAAGAGGCCAAGGAUGGGGUGGAGAGACGAAAGUGA